AUGACUAAAACAAUGGAUUCACCUCAGGUCCAUCAUGCUGCUGACUUUGCCCGUGGUCUUUUGACGAAUGUCCUCGAUGACCUUCUAUCUCAAGUGGAUGGGUCAUCAAAGACUGACCGAAUCAAAGAGUCGUUGGGAAGUAUCCGGGAAAUCUACCAAAAGAGACUCUCUUGUGCCUCGUCCCAGUAUCGAACUGACUGGAAUGAUCCGGCCAACCGCUGCGCCUAUGUAUUCCUGUACUUGCUACAGCACUGCCAUCUUGUGUGCACCUCCCUUCAGAUCAACUCCGAAGAAAUCUUGACUGCUUGGCGGAGAAAGAGCAACUUGAAGGUGUGCUGCAUCGGUGGAGGACCUGGAUCGGACCUGGUUGGUCUGACUACCUUCCUCCGUGAGAACAACAUCUUCCCGUCUAAGCUGGAGUGUCUGGUCUUGGAUCUGUAUCCUAGCUGGGAAGACGCGUGGAUGUCAAUCUCGGAAUACAUACCAUGCCCAGACAGAGUUGGUGUGGCUUACCGACCAUGCAAUGUUGUUAACGACACAUUGGUUCUAAAUGAUGUACGGGAGUUCAUCAAACAGGCUGACAUGCUCACCUUUGUGAAAUCUUUUUCAGCGGUAUCCGCUUUCUUCCGAAAAGACUCAAGGCGCGGCAAUCUCCUCCGGUCGUUCCUCCGUGAUAUAAAGCCGGGGUGCUUUGUGCUGUUCAUCGACAACGAACACGUAAGCGACGGUCAUUUUCAGCAGGAGUUUGCAUCCCGGGUUGGUCUGGAACUGGUAUUUGAACGCCGCGGUGCACAAACUGUGCCAAGAGGUACGUAUUCACAAACCAUAAAAAAGUAUUGUCGGCUUCUGGAAUGCCAACCAAUGCGUACGUGUGAUGUGAUCAUCCAACUGUUUCGCAAGAAGGUACCGGUGGAAGUUCUCAGAAGCACCAUACCCGAAAGACCCUCCUCGUCCACAGCUCAACGCGCCAAGGCCCCACAGCAUCCGAGUCACCAACAUCGUUCCCAAGAAGUAGAGGCUGUCAGAAGCACCAUACAUAACAGACCCUCCUCGUCCACAGCUCGACGCUCCCAGACCCCACCGCGUCCGAGUCACCAGUAUCGUUCCCAAGACUACUCAUACAACUACCGUGAACCGGGGAUACCGAGAAGCACCUCGCAUGAUAACGAGGGUUUGUCUUGGACGGAGGCCGGCAUUAUUCUUGGAGUUGGUGUUGGAGCUCUUCUCUUGAUCAGUUUGUGGCGUAAUCGUUGAUAAGACCUUCAUUUAGGCGUAAUAAGCACCGUGAUCAUCGCAUUUUAUUAUGCAUGUAGCCGUGUUCUUAUUUGUAUGAAACGAAUUUAGAAGAGCCUUCGGUUAAAAAGAGGAAAAUAUCUUGUUUCGGCUUCCGGAUUGUGCAUGUGAAUCGAUUUUCUGGAUUGUAAACACGUUUGUGUCGCUCUCGCUGAAAUU